UUUAUUUAUUGAUUCAUAUUUAUAUAAUAGCCCCCAUCUCAAUUAAUCAAGCUACUUUCUUUUAGAUCAAGCAUUUCAGGGAAAACAAAAAAUAAGUUCCCCAAGCUUGUAAAAAAAGCGUUGGAAGUUAUUUUAAUGUGUCGCCACUCACUAAUUCAUAAAGGAAAGGUUAUCUUCAAAGUGUACACACUGGUUUCCUGGAAACCCCGUCAGGACAGCAGAGGGAGCCUGUGGUGGAUGGAGAACUUCUGCUCGCCUCUCUUCUUGGUCCAAACAAAGGAAUGAGGGAUGGGGAAUUCCUUCAUGGCUUAUUUAGGGCUACUCUCCCACCCCCUUCUCAUAUAAAUGAGAUCCAGAACUGAAUGAAAGCAAGAUCACUAACUCAUUUUCACUCCCUUGGAGCACUUGGAAAAAUUCUUCAUAAGUGGACAACAUGGAUUCAGCUUUCUUGCUGACUUUGCUUUUGCCAGUUGCAGUUGUUUCCCACAUGCUAGAGCUGCCGCGCAGUGUUCUAUUCAAAGUGGGCGACAGGAAUGAGUUGAGAUGCAGCAUGCUAUCUUGCCCAGAGAAAGUGAAGUUUGUUUGGACCGCGUUAGAAGACAAACCGAUUUUUGCUACUCCAAAGACGGGGGAUAAAGAAACUGUGCUGAUCUUUGACAAUGUGAUGAAGAAUCACGCCAAUGCCAUAAUGUGCAGAGCUACCUGUGGAAAGGAGACGAAAGAAUUGAUAACAGAGGUUAAAGUUUACUCUUUUCCAAGAAACCCAGUUUUAUCAGGAUAUGAUCACUUGAUAAUGGGCAAGGAAAACGUUUUGUCCUGCGAAGUGUCUUCUGUGUACCCGUCAGAGUACCUUGAUGUGGAGUGGAUAUAUGAAAACAGGGUUGUUUAUAGUACGAGUGGAGACUUUGAAAAAGAUGCUGUAUCCAUUCCUUACACAAUUACACCUUCAAGCGAGGAUGAUGGAAAGGCAAUCACUUGCAGAGCAUCCCUCAAUAUUGAAGGUGUACCACCCGAAGAGAAGACCAAGGAGACGUCUAGACACAUCAAAGUACUUUCUGCACCGCAUAACGUUAAUGUAUCUGGAGAGACUGCAGUCUCACUGGGAUCCAGUUUAACUUUGACCUGUAAGGCUGAAGGCAAUCCAAAGCCUGCUUUUACAUGGACGGCUCUUAAACCAGAUGGCCAAUCUGUUGAACUGGGAAAACAGCGAGAUCUCUUCGUGCAUAAUGUGUCCUUAUCAGAUGCUGGAACUUACCAGUGUAAUGUUAGUAACGUCUUGGGAAACCAGAUAGUCAAUGUUUCAGUGGACGUUCAAGCACCUCCUGUGGAAACUCACAUUGUAGCAAGUCCACAAUCAAGUCUGAAGGAAGGAGACUCCGUAACCAUUUUCUGCAAGUCCAGUGGAGUUCCUGUGACACGUGUGGUUCUUAGCAAGAGGGUGGAUGGUGUAGAUUCUGAACUAAAGGCCAAAGAAGGAGCUGAAACAUCAGUUACCCUCGACUCAGUCAAGCUAUCCGACACAGGCAUGUUUGUUUGCGAGGCUUUCAAUGAGUACGGCAGUCAGAGGACCACUCUUAAUCUACACGUUGAGGCUCAUUUGCUGGAAGUGGAGCUACAACCAAAUGACACAAUUGUGUCGGACAGAGGCUCCAGUUUGGUGUUUUCUUGUCUGGCUUCAGGUUGCCCUCAUCCCAAGUUUUCCUGGAAGAAUCUUUUAAAUAUGCCAAUCCACAGGCAGCCUAAAACCGAUGGCUUCCUGUCCCAGCUGCUCUUUGAUCCGGUGGAGGUGGAGGAUGAGGGAACUUACCUCUGUGAGGUCACAUGUGGCUCUAUUAAGAAGUCCAAGCAGACGGAAGUGAAGGUGUUUUCAUUUGCAACAAGUCCUAUCGUAAAAAGUACUGGACCUUCUCUGACAGGAGAGAUGAUGAAAUUGACCUGCACUAUUCGAGACGUUUUUCCAGUCAACCUUUUCCAAAUCCUGUGGAUUGAUGGAGAAAGAGAAAUCUGGAGAGAGGAAUCUCAGUCAUUUUCAAGUGGAUCAACAGAUCUGACUUCGGUUUAUUCUUUCCAAGUAGACACCGAAGACCAGGACAAACACAUCACCUGCAAGGUCUUGCUGGACAUGUAUGGUGUGCCACCUUCACAAGUAGUGAAGACUGCAUCUACUACAUUGUCCAUUCACUAUCCCCCCAGAGCCACAAGGAUUAUUGCCAGUCCACUGACAAAGUUGAAGGAGGGAGAACCUGUGAGCUUUUCUUGCCUUUCUGACAGCUUUCCAGUAGGGCGUAUGGUGCUAAGCAGGGUUGUAGAUGGCAUACAAACAGAGCUAAAGACCAUUGAUGGGGUUGAAACUUCAUUUACCCUACCUUCGGUUAUGCUAGAUGAUGCUGGCAUCUACGUUUGUGAAGCUUUUAAUAUUUAUGGGAAUCACAGCGACAGUGUGGAAAUUACCGUGAAAGCGCCUCCCAGGAACACGACAGUGGAGAUCUUCCCAUCCACAAAUGUUCAGGAGGGGCAGAAUAUCACCAUCUGUUGUCGCUCCGUGAGUUUCCCUCCACCUGCGGUGGUCCUCAGCAAGCUGGAUAGUGAGACAAACAUCUACUCCCUUGAUGGGGUCUUUAUACUAAUGAACCUUACUCCAAACGACACAGGCCUAUAUCAGGUCAAUGUCACAAAUGACCUGGGUUACGAAACGGAGGUUUUCAAUAUCAAUGUGAUAGAGAAAAGAUUGGACUCUCCAUUGGGUUGGACAGACUUUUUAACCCUAGCCAUUUUCUUAGGAGGUGCUGCUGCUCUGCUUGGUCUUGUGCUGUAUGUGUGGAGAGAAAGAAAGAAGGGGUUUUAUGAUCUUACGAAGGGCAUUAUAUAGACAUUGAAUAGACCCCAGUAAGUGUAUCAGAAGCAGCUAUGCUGUCGUAUCAGGGCCCCGGGGCCCCCUAAAGUGAGAACUGCAGGUGACUGGAUUGAUCAUCUGAAACUUCAGGUGAAAAAAAUACCCCAGCCCGCUGUGAACCUGCGGUCUCCACAGGCAGAGAUCAUCAACGUUCCUGGGAUUUGGUUCCUCAGAGGAGGUAAUCUAAACUUGUGUGGUUCGUUCGUGGUUUGGGAUACAAACUGUGAAACAUUAGCAUUUUAGCAUCAAAAGAAUGUAACCUAGCCACCAAAUUUGGUACAUUUUAGAUCACAACAAUCAAUUUGCUGUACUCAAGUUGAUUAAUUUUGUGUGGUGAUUUUAUCAGAUGUUUUCAUUUUGAUAUUUAUUAAACAAGCAGCUUUGUCAUUUGA